AAUGAUGGUCUACAUUUAUACCCGUGACAGGAAAACAGGAGAGCCAAACGGAUUUGCAGCUUUACGUAAGUUAGGAGCACAUAAGGGAUAUCAACUUGAUCCGUGUAUUGCUGCACCCGGUUGUGAGUUACGUGGAAUUUCCGAUUUACUGGUUUACGCUUCUUUGGUUCUGUUGCAUCAUGCAAAAAUUGCUUAGAUGAGCUUUGGAAUUGAGCCAAUUGAUGAAUUAGGAGAAAUUAUUGGAAUGCCAAGCCCGAUCGAAAAGAUAACAAGAAAUCUGUACAAGCGAGCAUUUGCGAAUUUGCCCUUGAGCGGCAAGAAAGCUUUUCACGAUAAAUUCAGACCAGAAGAGAGUGCCAAUGCACAAAGGCUGCAUAUCGUAUUCCCCGGCACGAUCACAAAUCCUCGAUAUGGUUUAGCAUUAGCACAUAUGGCCAACGUUUCUCUCAGAAAAGUUCUCUUCAAAACUUCACCAAAGAAUUGUCCACCUUUAACCAACGAAGAAGAGACUGAAGAAAAGAAUUGAAUUGGAUGUAUUAUAUCUUAUAGAGGCUGCUAUUGAAUACAAAU